CUAAUCCCGGCGCAUUCAGGGAUGUCCAACUCCUCAUCUGCGCUCUGUACCGCAUCAGCACCAGGCGCUGCGUGAGAAAGACACUAGUCGCAUCCCCCGCUGAGAGCAACGCCGCGUGCGGCUCAUUCAAUCUGGAGCGUCAGAUGGUCGAGCUGGAUGCGCCGCAUCUUUGUCCCUCUUUGUAGCCGGACUGUGCGAGUUAAUGCAGGAACGGACCAUUAGUAGUUAAAGCUCAAGAGAAAACACGUUUGAUCUGAUUACUGGUUUAUACAGCUCGAGCACUUGGAUUAUUGUCCUCAUAUCACUGUUCCCGUUUAUUGCAUGAGCGGAGUAGGCAAGCGCGCGAACGAACUCCGCUGUUUCGGGAGAAUAAAACGGAUCGUUGCGGUUUGAAAUGUGUAAAUUUGGUUCUUUUCUUGCGAGGGAGGAGCGAUGAGCGCGUAAACAACACUGGGUCGCUUUGUUUCUCACACACGGACCGGUGGAAGAUCAUGUUGACAUGUCGCGCCCUGCUGGAGUUGGAGAUAUCAUGAUAUGAUUGCAUUCUGUCCUGCGUCGCGCGCAUUUAUCUUUCUCACUAACUUAGGGAAGUGUUGUCCUGGGUUGUAUCUGCUUGACUUUGCAUUAUACAGUAUAUUCAUUUCACUUCCCUAACAAACACAUCUAUGCUGUUGUCUUCAUAUCUUCUAUUUGUACGGUGGAACGUUUAGGAUGCUUUCAAAAGAAGGGCAUAUUUGAUUCGCGUCUAGCGCCUUUGGAGUGAAGAAAGACCCUUUACGCGUGUUAAAUCGUCUCUUUGCCCGGGUGUCUGGGCAUCGUUUGUGGAGUUACAGCGACCCACGUGGAAACACGGACUCCAAGGAGGGCAAGAUGGGCUGUUGCAGUGGCCGAUGUACGCUGGCCUUUAUAUGUGGCAUGCAAUUGAUCAGCAUCUUGGAAAGGCAGAUAUUUGAUUUCCUCGGAUAUCAGUGGGCUCCUAUUCUCACAAACUUCAUCCACAUCAUCACAGUGAUUCUAGGCCUCUUUGGGACAGUACAGUUCAGACCGCGAUAUGUUACUGGGUAUGCAGUCUGGUUGGUGCUCUGGGUCGCCUGGAAUGUCUUCAUCAUCUGUUUCUAUUUGGAAGUGGGUGACCUUUCAAAGGACACAGACCUGAUCAUGACCUUUAACAUCUCCAUGCAUCGCUCCUGGUGGAUGGAGAACGGCCCGGGGUGCAGGGUGACUCCUGUGACCCCUCCUCCCUCCUGGGCCCCGGAGGACCAUCGCUACAUCAGCAUCGCUGGCUGUCUGCUGGAAUAUCAGUUUAUGGAGGUGGCUCACAGUUCCUUGCAGAUUAUCCUGGCUCUUGUUGGGUUCAUCUAUGCCUGUUAUGUUGUGAAGCUCAUUUCAGAAGAGGAGGACAGCUUCGACUUUAUAGGAGGGUUUGAUUCGUAUGGUUACCAAGGGCCACAGAAGACAUCGCAUUUGCAACUACAGCCAAUGUACAUGUCAAAGUAAAGGACAACUGCCUUAUCAACCAAUCAAAAGAAGAAUUGAUGUUCAAACAUUGUCUUUCAAUGUAAUGUCUUAACAUAAUAGUGUCUUACGAACUGUCGGAGGAACAUGGUCCGACACUUUAACCUCAAAGUCUCAAGCAACAUAACAGAUUUUCUUUGUCUAUUCCCAGCCCCAUUCCCAGCACCAGAGCAUCACUGUAGAACUGGGCUGGGCUGUCACCGUCGGAUGGCAUGAGAGAGCCUCCUUGUGGCUGAGCCCUUCUUUGCCACUAUCAGCAAUGCAAAACAAUACUUAACAAAGAAACAGAUUUUGUUGAUCUCUGUGGAUCCCUGGGGAAAGAUCUUGAGCACAGCGGCAAUAAGAAAGACUUGGAAUCGUGCAAUGGACCGAGUGGACUCCACGUGUGUUUCGAUUGACUUUCCUGGAAACCAUCCAUAACUUAAAAGAAUGUUCAUUAACCAGUCAGUAUGAUAUUAGUUAUCUGAUGUAGUCCUACAAUCUUCAAACGGUGACUAGAGUGAAUUCUUUUGGAGAGUCAUUAUUUGGUUGUUUACAAAGGGUUAUUUCCGAGCAUUGGGGUUACCAUCGCACUGGGUUUUCUUACAGUAUUUAAUCCCAACCUGGUUAGUUUUUCUUCUUUCUCCUGGAUGUACUUGUCUUGAAAGUGCCAAGAACAGUUAUGACAAACAAAUAAAAUAUCAGUAGCUGCUAAGAGAUUCAUAUUUUUGGAGAUAAACGACAGUCAAAAAUACCUUUGAUUUUAUCUGUUAAUAACGUCACCAUGGGAUCAGCCGUAUUUGUUUGCAUGAGGUGUCAAAAUCUGUUGCGUAUUUAAUAUCUUACUGGUAGAACUAGGCCAGCCUUGGAAAGGGUAACAGUUGGCCUAAAAGUGACUGUCCUUGCUCCAAAAGGUUAUUUGUGAAUAUUGUGUUUUUCUAAGAUGGUGUUGAAUCUUGUUACCAAGAUAACGAAUAGAAAUCUGUAACUUUGUUCUAUUUUAAAUCUUUUUUUUUUUUUUUUUUUUUUACAUGUGUGCCAGUGUUCACUCUUUUCUAGUAGACUAAUAAUUUAUUAAGCUGUGUAAGUGGGCCUUUCUUUUCAAUAGAAAUGUACAUAAUAAUUGGGGGAAUCUUUAGAGGGGGGUAGGGGUAGGGAUAGAGUGUGGCACUAUAGUCUACUAUGAGUCUACUCGGGUUAGAAUGUUUGUUUUGUGUAGUGACAGGAACAGAACCCCAAUCUUUAAAAGCUUUCUAAAAGGGAUAAUUCACCCCAAAAUGAAAAGGCUGUCAUUAUAAACUCAUGUUGUUCCAAACCCAAAUGACUUUAUUUCUUCUAUGGAACAACAUGAGGGCAAGUAAAUUAUGAUUUUCAUUUUUUGAGUGAACUAUCCCUUUAACGCAGUUGUUCCCCAAUUGUAAAAUGGGCAGUACUCACUAUUAAAAGCCAAAGCUAUUCAGGUCUGUUUCGUCUCUGAUUUAGCUAUACUGUAUGGCUUUUUUGUACCCUGCCUGAAUGAAUAUAUAAAAAAACAAACGACUUUCUUUUUAUGCUGCACUUUCAAUUGCCUGAAAUAUUUCAUAAUUGCAUAUCGUACCGGUUGAAUGGUACAUAAAAGCAAGAAAUGUCUUCAUUUGGGUCAAAGAACCUUACCAAACACAGCUGAAUAACACAUUUUCCCUUGAUCUGCAGAUAAUGGAUGAUGAAAUAUGUAUUUCUCCACUGUAUAUUACCUUCCCCUUUAAAAUGAUUCAUUGUAAAUUUGUGCAGAACCUGUCGGGUCGAGAUAUAUCUGCAGUUUGAUGUAAAAUUCCUGAGAGAAAGUGCCUGAAAUGACAUCCUGUUAACAUUCCAAUAAAUGGCAAUCUGCUCUCACCCUGAAUGGCUGUAGAUAAACAGAGGGUCUGUGUUAAAUCAAACCCCUUGUCAACUGCACUGGCAAAGCUAAGUGGCUUUGAUAAUUAAUAAAGAUAUUUUAGCCGCACCACUCUCCAGACCUCACUGGCAAAUAAUUCCCUGCAGUCCUUCACAACUAUCUUUGUGCGUCUGACUCAAUACGGGGUGAUGGUAAUUUGUGUGGUUAAUACAAAUAAACAAGAGUAAUGAAACUAUGAAAGGAUACCUGUCUGGGUGAAUCUCACAAAACCGGACCAGAAUGGGCAAAUCAUUUUUAAAUCAACAGAAAGAAUAAGAAAUCGUCUAUUUUUAGAAUUGUUGAUGAACUGUCAUGA